AUGGCUGGACUAGCUUCCCAGAUGAAGAGAUCUUGUGACUGCUGCAAGAGAUAUGCUGACCAUUUGGAUGGAAGGAUGAAGUGUUUCUGCAGACGCAUGACUGCUAAUUUCAGACAUGGCAUGGCUAUACCGAACAAGUUCAUAGACCAUUUCGGUGGAAAGAUCUCAAGGACCAUCGAACUGGAAUCCCAUAACGGAAGCAUGUACACCGUUGAAGUCUCCAAGCUUAUGAACGAAACGGUCCUCCGGCGGCGUGGUUGGGAGGCGUUUGUCAAUGCGCAUUCCAUCGAGGAGAACGACUCGUUGCUGUUUCGCCACAUUGAGAAGUCGCUAUUCGAGGUCCUGGUGCUCGACUCUGAUGACUGUGAGAAAGUGCUUCCCUCUGCUGGCAUCAAAGUUGCUUCUUGUAAUGUUCAAGAAAGCAGCAGCGUGGAUUAUAUCGAUAUAUCAAGCAGCGUGGGUUAUAUUGAUAUAUCAAGCAGCUCGGGUGAUGAUACCACAAGAUCUCCGGGAAGCAAACGGUUUGCUACGUGUGAAAGAGGCGACUCAAGCCAUCCUAGAAAAACUGCCGUAAACGACUCCUCGUCUGAGGAGGAUUCAGGAGAAGACAGUGACGCGAAGGCAGAGGAACAUUCUGAAGAUGAAUCGUCUUUUGGGCUAGAUGAUGUACGUCAGACACCUUGCACAGGGCGCGACUAUGUCUUGUCCCUAAAUGCUCGUCUGUCUGGAGCUCAGGAGGAGAGAGUAACUAGGCUUCUCCAGGCUGUUCGAGCCAAGACUCCCGUGUUCGUGGCCAUCAUGAAAAUGAACACACGGAUUCAUACUACUGUGAUCCCCAAGCUUUUUGCAGAGGAGCACUUCCCGCGUGAAAGUCAGAACCUGACGCUGCAGCGGCCAGGCAAGAGCAAGAAGUGGCACCCAUGGUUUUACAUAAGGAAGAGUCAAUGUGGGCACGUCCUCACCGGGUCUCGCUGGGUAGGCUUCCUCCGUGACAAUGGCGUGCAGGAGGGAGAUCUCUGCGUCUUCCAACCAGUGAAGGGCACUGGCACCAGGAGCAAAUUCACAGUCCAUCUGCUUCACGAGCCCUUGGGUGCAAAUGGAAGUACUGGUCCGAAGAAAAGAGUAGGAAACACAAGGGUGAACUCGGCUGCCCCUGAAAGAUCAACCACUGCUCAUGGUCAUGGUGCAACAACAAUGGCAAAGGCGGCGCCACAUCCAGACGCCCCGACAACCCUCCGUGUCAACAAGGAGCAAGAUGAUGGGUGCAACCAUGGUCGUCAGCAAGCACGCCAACACCCAAAGCCGGCGCGUCCCUACGUAUUGUCAUCCACCGCACGCCUGACCGAGGAGCAGGAGAGGGAGGUGGACCGGACAGCCCGUGCCAUCGGGUCUUGGGUCCCCGCCUACGUCUCGGUGAUGAACAGGAGCAGCGUUGGCGUGGGCAACAGGAUCUACAACGUAAGCAUUUCCUGUGCGUAUGCUGCCGAGUAUCUUCCACCCGGGGAGCGGGUCGCCGUGACGCUCGUGAGGAGGAAGAAGGCGUGGGAGGUCGAGAUGCGCGCGCGCGGCGGCGGGCGAGCGCUGGCGCAUGGCUGGCGUGGUUUCGCCCGCGACAACCGGCUGCGGGUGCAGGACGUGUGCCUGUUCCAGCCCAUGGAGAAGAACCACGAGAGCCUUACCAUGACGGUCCACAUCGUCCGUCGCAGCGGCAAGCGGAAGCAGUAG